UUAUAUGUUAGCUUGUUGGGUUGUGCUUCUGUUAAAACUGCAGGCAUAGAGCUCAAAUGCAGAUUUGGCUGGAAAGUGACUUCAGCUGCAUGGUCGUUUCUGCAUUCAUUGGAUACUGUGUACCCUUCUCCUUGUGCUCAGUCAUUGGUGUCUUGUACCUGUAGUCAGAUCAUUUGUGACUAAGACAUAAGUGUGUUCUUCAGCGUGUGGAGCCCGCCCCCACACCCUUUACCUGCCAAACCACGGCCUUUACCUGUGUCUUCCGGUGUUUCCCGUGCGAUCCUUCCUGCGGGAGCGCCUCGUGGGCCACUCCAGAGUUUACUCAGCGCUCAGUGGCUCCAAUGGUGAAAAUGACAAGGUCCAAAACUUUUCAGGCCUAUUUGCCCACCUGUCACAGAACAUAUAGCUGCAUUCACUGCAGAGCACAUUUGGCAAAUCACGAUGAGCUGAUAUCCAAGUCAUUUCAAGGAAGUCAGGGACGUGCUUAUCUAUUCAAUUCUGUUGUCAAUGUUGGUUGUGGUCCUGCCGAGGAGCGCGUUUUACUCACUGGGCUGCAUGCGGUCGCGGACAUCUACUGUGAAAAUUGCAAAACAACGCUGGGCUGGAAAUAUGAACAUGCAUUUGAAAGCAGCCAGAAAUAUAAAGAAGGAAAAUACAUCAUUGAAUUAGCUCACAUGAUCAAGGAUAAUGGCUGGGAUUGAAAGAAGAUCCCUGUAAGAUGCGGAGUCUAAUAAGAAUACCCAGCUGAACGUUAUAUUCUUAGAAUGAAAGAGUAACUGAGUGCUUGGUUUCAUAUGAUCCAGAGGCUGUGCCGCAUGGAGCAUCCUCUCACCCUUAAUCCAUCGUUCUUGGUGAAUGGCCUCUAAAUUUCUGACACUCUGUCUCUUUGCUUUAUACCCCUUUGUGAGUUGCCCUUGGCCUCGUCCUGCUCUUCUGUAGAGUUGGCUAAAGGAAAGCACCAGGAGCCUCAUAGCCAAAUCACUUCUUAUACUCAGAGCUGAUUUGAAGCUGUGUAUUUAAUGACAUAAAGAAAGUGGCUCGUUGGGGUCUUGUGAUAUAGGAUGAAGGAGAGAUAAUAAAUGGGGGAUACAAGAGAGUGAACACUUUUUGCAGUAAAAGGCUUGAAACUGCUUCUUACCCAAAGGGGGUGGGGGGUGGGGAAAUAGCUCACUGCUUUAUGGUAGACAAGAUCUUGGGAAUUGUAUGCACAAUGUAGAAUAACAGUUUUUUUGCUUUUGUACAAAACCAAAAGGAUGUUUACGGAUGCGUGGCCUGGCCCACCUUGGUCUCUGGGGACGCUGAAGUUAUGUUAACUAAAAUGUAACCCCCCUACACAGGCAUUCGUUCCUAAUCUAUAACAUAAUAUUGGGAUCAGUAGUCUAGAUCCUAUGACUGUUGCAGAGAAGUUAUUUUUUUAUAUUUUAGUUAAAUAUAUUUGUUAAACUUCUAGUUUUUGUUCUCUAUUAAUUGCACCUGAACCCUGCAAAUCUAACUUUUUUUUUUUGUAAACCAAGAAUUGUGUAAUCAUGUAAUCACAAAAUACCCAGGGGAUUAUAAAAUGAUGCCGAUCAGAUUGUACUAGAUAUAGGUAAAAUCUGUCCACCCUUUUAUCUGUUUUGUUAAACCUAUGUUUAGAAAUGCUACUUUAACAGUAUCCCCUAAUAUAAAACAUACAGACAGAUUGUUAGGAAAUUAUGUACACACAAUACUUUAAAAAAUAGAAAUCCAAAUUGCUUUGGUUUUUAACAUCUUGUAUUUCAUUUGAAUUGUAUAACAUUCUAACAGUUGGUCAUGUGAUCAACAUAUCACAUCAUUUUGUAUACUAUUUUUGUAAAAUGGGGAAAAAAAUAAUUAUUCUAAUGAUUUUCUGUGGUGUUUUGGUAGAAUGCAUAACCUUUGGGCUGCCAGACUGGUCUGCAACAUAUUGGGUAACAAUUGGUUACAACACUGCCUGGCAGCUAAGGGAUUAAUCAAAAUUUACACAGAGAGAAAAAAUAUUAACACAAGGUUUUCGCCAAAGACCACUGUUUUCUUUUUUUAAAACUUGAGUUCUUUGUUGGUAAAAUUGCCAUUAAAUACAUUGCAGAAGAAAAAAUGGAAACUGAAACCAAAGCAUAGAUUUUUAUUUUUUAACCAGAUGGCAAUCCCACAUUAUAAGUGGAAACUUUAUUUUAGGAAAGUGCUUUAUUACAUCAAACCUUUUUGUAGUAUAGUAUUUAUAUGCAAAACUUUAAAAUCAUUAAAAAUGAAUGAGGCGCCUCUUCUAAAGAAUGUAAUAAUGUUGGCCUUCUUGUUCCAUAGGCAAUCACUUUUCUUUAUCUUCUGAAUACUUGUCAUACCAUUUCAUUUACAAUAUUCUGGUGCAUAACCUGCAGCUGCGCAAUACAAAAUAAGAUGUUAAGUGCAAUAAAAUAUCAUAAACUUUAUGAAAAGCCAUCUAAAUACACUUGUUAAAUAUUUAAUUUGAUUUGUAAAGAAAGCAUUUUUUUUUUUUCAAAGAUUGUUCCAGCAGAAUAUAUCUAAAUUAUAUUGUUAAUCUUCAUGCUAUAUACAAUGUGCUUUAAGGCAUGUAUGCAUGAAUGUAUGUGUAUAUGUAUGUAUGUAUAUAUGUAUGUAUGUGUAUAUGUAUGUAUGUAUGUGUAUAUGUAUGUAUGUGUAUAUGUAUGUAUGUGUAUAUGUAUGUAUGUGUAUAUGUAUGUAUGUGUAUAUGUAUGUAUGUGUAUGUAUGUAUGUGUAUAUGUAUGUAUGUGUAUAUGUAUGUAUGUAUGUGUAUAUGUAUGUAUGUAUGUGUAUAUGUACUGUAUAUAUGUAGAAA